AUGGGAGAAGUAAUCAACAUAUCACUUUCGCAAUUGGCAGGGCACACGACCACCCAUCUAUACAACGACCAAGAAUCUCUAAUUCCUUACACUGCCAAUGCGCCAAUCACACAUAAUUUAACCACAUUCUUAUCACGAUUUAAAUCCACUUCAGGUACCGGCUCGAAUUUUUCACCUCGCUCGUUGGUAUAUGACUUAAGAGGAGGCUUUGGGGCUUUGAACAAAUAUGAGUAUCAUGAGUCACUUCCUUCAUUUGAUGAAAUUCCCCAGGCGUUACGAAUUAGUGAGAAUAAGAUACGAAAGAGUGAAUAUCAACUGAAUUUGGAUGCUGGACUCAUAGAUGGAAGUAAAUUGACUUGUGAAAACACUCGCUAUUGGACCGAUUAUAAUAAGUUGAUAUAUAAUCCGAAGUCAUUAACUACCUUGAAUAAUUUCAAUUAUGUAUCUGAUGAACCAGUAGGAUCUCAUUUUCAUUUCCCAAAUCUUAAGUUUGCAACAUUUAAUAUUGGACAAAAGGAGUUCAAUGAAGAUGAUGUUGAUUCAUUUCGGAAUUUUCUUGAGCAAUGUGAUUUAUUCAAUGGGUUACAAUUAACCACCGAGAUAGAUAGUGCAUGGGGUGGAUACGCCAAUGAAAUGUUAAUCUAUUUGAAUGAUGAAUAUUUCAAUACUUCUAAGAUCAACAUUUGGACGUACGGGUUGAUGAAUUCUUCAAAUUCUGCCACUUCCAAAAUAAGUCGAGUGAAAACAAUAGUCGAAUUGAGCAAGAGUCUGAGUUUGUUGUUCCCAAUUGAUGUCGAUUAUAGUUCAGGAAUGUUGUCAAGUAUAUUCAAGAAAGAUUCUUUGUGGCACAGGUCCGGUCUUCCUGCAAUGUUUAUAAACUCAAUAUGGGGUGUGAAUAGUCAAUUAGAAGGAGGAGAAAGUAUGUCACAUGUACAAGCAAAUUUAUUAAGAGGUUUUGAAGAUAGAAAUAUAGUCAAUGAGAUUAAAAUCGUCAGCGAGGAAAGUAAAAACUCAAAGUCCAUGGGUAUUAUGGAUGUUGAUUUGACUGCUUAUUAUACUACUGGAAAGUUGCCUGUUUCCAAACCACUGGAAUCCGUCUUAAACAUGGGAGUAUCGCGUGAUUAUAAGACGUAUAUGAGCAAGAAUUAUAUUGUUGGAAGCAACAAAAAGAUUGAGGACAUUGCCAGUACCACUACCAUUUACCAAAACCGAUCUAUUGACAAUAUAUUGAACAUAGAAACAUUUCCAACUGAAAUCCUUUCUCAUGGUAAAAAUACGAGUUACUGUACCGAGUUCAACAUUCACGAGGGGUUAAAGGAUAAUCUCAAAGCGUCCCGUAAAAUUAUUAAGAAUAUCUCGCUUACAAAUCAACCAUUUAUAGACAUAAUCGAAGAUAAAGGCGAGCUAGUUGAGGAUUUAAGCAGGAUAAUUGAAGAAUAUACUACAGGUUAUGAUCCUGAUAGUGAAGAAUCAGACGACGAUUACUAA